UCUCCCGCCCCAUCCGCUGUUGCUUUUAAACCCAGGGCGGGAGCCUCCUCGGCGGUCACAUUGUCCGUGUUGGUGCGCCUUAAAGGUCUUUUAACAGCACAACACGUUGCCAGGAUGGUAAGAACUAAAGCCGAUAGUGUCCCAGCAUCGUACAGAAAAGCUGUUGCUGCUUCUGCACCCCGGAAGUCUCUAGGCACUGGUUCCUCCAACACGUCCUCGUCUGGUGGGCCCUCAUCCACUCCUGCAAAGAGCAAAUAUGCAGGUGGGAACCCAGUGUGCCCCCGUCCCACCCCGACCUGGCAGAAAGGCAUCGGGGACUUCUUUGGUGGGCCUCCCAGGAAGCCUGAGAAGGAGAAUCAGGUGCCUACAGAGGUGGAGGAUGGCGAAGAGGCUGGAGGCAGUGGGGUGUCGAAGGCCAGUAGGAAAUCCAGGCCUCUGCCUGCUGAAGAUGAGGAGGAUGAAGACUGAUCAUCUGUCUGAACUCGAUUGUACAUCUGUAAAUAAUUUCUGCUGAAUUCUUUGUUUGAUCUUUUUAAAUAGUUUUAUCCUACAGAAGAAUGUUUCAUUGACUUUUCCCUCAUUUUCUGUUUAACUUGUUUGUCUUUUUCUAAUAAAUCUGAACAAAAACUGAA